UAGUAGCAGAGAGGCAUUCAUGAGAUUUCCCCUCCGCCCUCCAUUCUACACAAGUUAUAUGGGUGGUGAUCCUCAAUCCAUUCUCCAUUCAUCCUCUCUUACUGCUAUCUACCAAUCUAAGAAGCCUUGCCUUGGAUACUGUUCUUCUUCUUCUUCUUCUUCUUCUUCUUCUUCCCAUUGUUCCCUCCGCUCUCUGUCCUGUUUCCAUUUCUACUCCCAUUCUCUAUCUCCAAAACCCCAAUAUACAAACACCCAUUUCCCCAAUCAAUGCACCUUUCCUUACAGUGAGAGAGUGAGAGAUUCUUAGAAGGAGAAACAACUGCAAAAAUCCAAGAGGGUCCAAACAAAAGAAACCCCCUCCCACAAAAAUAAACCAAAAACAAGGAAAACCCAGUUCCUACACUCAAAUACAGAGAAAGAUGGAUAUGUUUUUCUCUAAAAUCUUCAGCUUGGUUUUCCUUGCUAUUUUGGGAGGUGUUUCAAGCGCUACAUUCACAUUUACAAACAAGUGUGAUUACAGUGUUUGGCCUGGAAUUCUAUCUAAUGCUGGAAGCCCGAAACUCGAAAGCACUGGCUUCGAGCUUUCGAGGGGCAGCAGCCGAUCAUUCCUAGCGCCAACGGGUUGGUCUGGCAGAUUCUGGGGCAGGACAGGGUGCAAUUUCGAUUCCUCAGGUCAGGGUAGCUGUGUCACAGGUGAUUGUGGAUCUGGGCAAGUCGAAUGCAAUGGCGCGGGGGCAGCCCCACCUGCCACUCUUGCAGAAUUCACCCUCGGUGGGUCGGGCGGUCAGGAUUUCUACGAUGUUAGCCUUGUCGAUGGGUACAAUAUUCAGAUGGUGAUUCAGGGGAGUGGUGGUUCUGGUUCUUGUGGUAUGACUGGGUGUGUUGUUGAUCUGAACCAGCGAUGCCCAGCUGAGCUCAGGGUGGGAGAUGGCCAGGGUUGCCGGAGUGCAUGUGAGGCAUUUGCAAAGCCUGAAUUUUGUUGUAGUGGAGAAUAUGCGACGCCAAACACAUGUCGGCCGUCGGUGUAUUCGGAGAUGUUCAAGUCAGCAUGCCCGAGAUCAUAUAGCUACGCCUACGAUGAUGCUACGAGUACAUUUACGUGUUCGGGAGCGGAUUAUGAGAUUACAUUCUGUCCUUCUGGACCCAGUCAGAAAUCCUCCAAAGAUUCUCCACAAACACCAGGAACAGUGCCAGCGUCAGGCUCAGGCUCAGGCUCAGGCUCAGGCUCAGGCUCAGCAGGGGUGAUGCUGGCAGAUGACUCAUGGUUAGCCAGCUUAGCAACAGGAGAUGCAAGGAGGAGGGCCCCCUUAGCCCAUGAAACUACAUUCAUUGCUACUAUUAUCAUGUUGGCCUUCCUUCUAUUGUAGCCUUUAUCUCUUUCAAUGCCCCUUUAAUGUGUUGAGUCAGGCUCAGAGCAGCACUUUAAUGGUUUAGCAACCCCUGGCGGCCUCCCUCUCUCUCCCCCCUUUUUUUUCCUUGCAAAUCCAUUUUGAGAUUUAGAUAACAGUAGUCUUAUGUAUGUAUGUAUGUUAGUUUGUUGAUGUGGAGAUAAGCAAAUGCACCAGAAAGGGAAAAAAAAAAAAACUCUUGGGAUGAUUGGGUUUGUUGCUUGAAUGUCAAUCUGAGGUUUUAGACGGUUGGUGCCUGGUGGGCCUUUAGAACACUUUGCUGCCACAGCAAGUAUGGUAGUUGUUUGCCAUGAGAUGGAACUUGUAAUGAGGAUUUCUGUUAUCAUUAUGGAUGGGCCCUUUUUUGACAUA